AGGAUGAACAAAGCGCACAUCGUUCCAAACUUCACCAGGCCGGCAGGGCAACGCUGGGUCAUGUUCACACCUGAGGCGCCAUGCAGGGCUGGGAACUUCUGGAUCCUCAACACGACACAGUUCAUUGGUGAAUAUGAUCACAUAAUGGCUUCAUAACAAUGAUCUUAUGAUCUAUGUAAAUGAGACAUUUUGUAAACAAAAUUUGAAAAACAAAUUGGGCUUAUUAGAAUUGCUUUUAAACUACAUCUAUUAGUCUGUUUCAAUACUAUAUCACAUGUAUGCUCACAAGUUCUCUUAACCUACUUGCAGUGCUGAAACAUCUACGCAAUUCAAAGCAGUUGCCACCAACUUCUCCAAAUAUUAAGUAUUAUAGAUUAUUUUUUAAAAAAGAAAUUGAUAUUUUUGGGUUUUUCCCACACCCCCUUGCACUGGCUCCCUUACCCCCUUGCACUACCUUACAUACCCCCUGACACUAGCUCCUGCAUCCCGUGGAACUAGCUCCCUUACCCCUUGCACUAGCUCCCGUUUCUGCUUGCACUAGCUCCCCUAUCCCUUUGCACUAUCUCCCGUAUCCCUUUUCACUAGCUCCCGUAUCCCUUUGCACUAGCUCCCGUAUCCCUUUGCAAUAGCUCCCGUAUCCCUUUGCACUAGCUCACGGAACCCCCUUGCACUAGCUCACGUAACACCUUGCACUAGCUCUUGGAACCCCCUUACACUAGCUAACGUACCACCUUGCACUAUCUCCCGUAUCCCCUUGCACUAGCUCAACUAACACCUUGCAUUAGCUCUUGGAACCCCUUACACUAGCUAACGUACCCGUUUUCACUAGCUCCCGUAUCCCCUUGCACUAGCUCUCGUACCCCCUGGCACUAGCUCCAGCAUACCGUUGCAUUGGCUCCCAUCUCAGAUUGACACAAUGAGUAAAAAACCACUUAAACAACUGCAAACCGACUUUUUUUCAAGUCUCAAACAAAUAUUUUCCUCAAAAAUUGGCAGGUCAGUUUAACUGGAGCCUCACCUACCACUUGGACUCGGACAUCCCCAGACCGUACGGGAAACUCAGACGAGUAACGCCGGCACCGGACAAGAACUACGACGCCAUCUAUUCCUCUAAACACGUGCAGGCCGCGUGGUUUGUCAGCCAUUGCAGCACCGAAAGUUUAAGAAUGCCGUAUGUCCAUCGCUUGCAGAAGAUAGUCCCCGUGCACAUCUUCGGGAAAUGCGGGAACUACUCUUGUGCCGAGGGUUCUAACUAUCGACGGGACGACAACCGUCGUUGUUUCCCGUUGCUAAGCAGGAAAUACUUUUACUACCUGGCGUUUGAGAAUUCCUUCUGCGUCGAUUACGUCACGGAGAAAUUUUUUAAGCUGUUCACGAAUGCUGACGUCAUACCCGUUGUACGCGGCGGCGCCAAUUACAAACGUUAUUUCCCACCCGAUACUUUCAUAGACGCAUCAGACUUCGAUUCGCCUGAGGCCCUGGGCGAAUACUUAAAGGAUUUAUCGCAGGAAAAGGAUCGAUACAUGAAAAUGCUGAGAAAAAAGAGCGAGUACGAAUACGUUGCUGUUGAAAGCUGGCAUUGUAAGUUGUGCGAGAAGAUGAACAAAGACACUGGCGUCCAGUGGUACCCUGAGAACAACAUGUGGACCUGGUUUUUUAAAGACCAGUGCAACAAUCCUAAACAAAUAUAAAAGACGAUGCUGAUUUAUUAGGGGAAAAAUGAUUUAUAUUUGUUUCAUGUUAGCAAUGUUUUAAAAAUUGUGUUCUUUAAAGUGGCAGUACCACUCCCAGAGGACGGUGGGAUGGCCGACGAGGAGAUGAAAGUCUGUCGGGUAUUUUAUGGGGUUCUAGGACUCAAAGGAGGC